GUUGAGCUAAGUUUAAUACCUUCAGAAAUCCAGUUUUAUAAUGAAUUGCAUUUCACUUUCACCCUUUCCAUUGAACACGCUUUGAAGGUUCAUGUAACCAGCCCCCAUGCACAUGGUAACAAAUUCUCUCGAGUUCUCCAAAACUGGAGAGAAGUCCAGGUGCUGCAGAGCUGCCAGAAGUGAAUCUUCUCUUUUUACUUUUUCCCCAUUUCUGCUCCAGCAGAUGGAUUUAUCCCCCUGACUUGACAUUAUCUGGGGAGUAAGAUGCAGUGGAGAGCUCAGGAGAAAAUGGCUGAUGCUCUGCCAUUCAAGCUGAGCUUGUAUUCACGCAGGGUAAACUGUAAAAAGCAAGGUAACAGCCUAACAGCCUAUAGCAACAAACAGUGAACUUUCUAAUCUACCAGCUCCAACCGCUUACAACUGACCCAUCUGCUAUGAAAACAAUAAUGUUUGCCACAAAUAUUUGCACAUAUUUGAUACUGUGAAAUUACAUGUGGCUGAAAGACUAUUGAUUUUCUUUUUUCUAUGCUUGUUUUGAUUCCCUAGAACAAUACAUUGUACAUAAUAUUUUGGGGUUUGUCUCUUCUGGGAGUCCACACUUUUUCAGAUCAGACUGAGUAAUUUUAAAAGUUACUGCUGCUGUAUUGAUUUUCUGCCUGAAUCCAUUUUGCUAAGUAAACUGAUCCAGGAAGUAGGGCCUGAGAUCAUCUCACAGGCACAAUAACCAAGCCCUGCCCCUUUCUAAAACACCAAAGCUUUAUAAUCUUUAAAACUGAUUUUUAUUAGACUUAGGUGACCUGUAAAAUAGGAAAACCUCAGAUCUGCUGGAUAAGAUGGAAUAACAUUGAAGAAGGUGGUGAACCAAUUUUCCCUCCUUCGCUGUGUCCUUGCAAGGAUGAGUCCUUUUCCAUGGGUUUUCUGUCAGCCUUGAGACACUCCCCUACUGCAAAAUCCAUUCAAAAACCCCUUGUGGUUCCUCAGACAAGGUUUUUCUCUCCACUCCUGGGGAGGCCAGCUGGCCUAUGCCUCACCCUGCAGGGAGCCAGCCCUUAAAGGCCUGCUGCUUUGCUUCUGGAAGCUUCCACUGGGCCAGGGCACUGCUGCCCCUCGUUCUCCCCUGAGCAGGGUGCAGGUGCUGCAAUGCACACUCAUUUCCCAUCCAUCCUUUGUCAGCUACAGUAAAAUUCCUCCUGCUGCUCCCUCUGGUCUCCAUCGCUCUCUGAGGAAGACAUCUUUACAUGGCUGGACAAUGACACGAGAGCAGUAUAUAUUAGCAACACAACAGAACAGCCUUCCAAGAACUGAAAAUCCUCAGUUUUACCCAGUAGGGAUUUAUGGAUGGCGAAAGAGGUGCUUAUACUUCUUUGUACUUCUCCUGUUGGUUACCAUGAUUGUUAACUUAGCAAUGACAAUAUGGAUUUUGAAGGUUAUGAAUUUCACAGUGGAUGGAAUGGGAAAUUUGAGAGUCACUAAAAAAGGAAUACGACUUGAAGGAAUAUCUGAAUUUCUACUUCCACUAUACGUGAAAGAAAUCAAUUCCCGAAAGGAUAGCCCACUGGUCUUACAGUCUGACAGAAAUGUAACAGUGAAUGCGAGAAAUCACAUGGGACAGUUAACUGGACAACUGACAGUAGGAGCUGAUGCUGUGGAGGCCCAGUGUAAAAGGUUUGAAGUGAGGUCAAGUGAAGGUGGAAGAGUGUUGUUUUCUGCAGAUGAAGAUGAGAUUGUCAUUGGAGCUGACAGACUGAAAGUAACAGGCACGGAAGGGGCAGUGUUUGGGCACUCUGUGGAGACACCCCAUAUCAGAGCAGAACCUUCCCAAGAUCUCAAACUUGAAUCUCCCACAAGAUCCUUGGUGAUGGAAGCACCCAGGGGAGUGCAAGUCAAUGCAGCUGCAGGAGACUUAAAGGCCACGUGUAGGAAAGAACUGCACUUACAGUCUACAGAAGGGGAGAUAUUUUUAAAUGCAGAUACUAUUCGCCUGGGAAAUCUACCAGUGGGCUCCUUUUCCUCCUCUUCACCUAGCUCUUCAGCUCCUCGCCAGACUAUCUAUGAGCUCUGCGCCUGCCCCAAUGGUAAACUUUAUCUGUCCCCAGCAGGAGCAGGCUCCACAUGUCAAUCCAGUAGCAACAUCUGCUUGUGGAGCUAGAAGGACUCCAAUUUCUCCUCACACCAGAAUAGCCUUUUGUUACUACCCCUCUGCUUCACAGUUCUGCUCGGUUUCCCUUGUGACAAGUUCGACGCUUCAAAUGGCCUGCAGAGCAACUUCUUCCAGUGUAAGCAGGAAUACAGCGCUGCCUUCUCUUGUGGUUUGUGUUACCACUCAACGUAGAGAUGGGAGUGAGAUAUUCAGAAAUCAAUGUAUUCUUCAUCAGGAAACCUGGAACAUAAUAUCACCUUUUGUCCAAAAGGGAGAAUAACACAGGUGCCUUUGCUACAUGAAGUGAAGCACAUAGUUUUAGAUUUUUGCAGGACCUGGAUAUGAACUGCACAUAUAUAUAUACAGUACAUAAACGAAUUUGCCCAGAAUCUGAUGGUGAAAUGAAUUGGUUACCCCUGUAUGAUAAAUAACUUUACUGUCUGAAAGCACAAUUUUCCAUUCAUCUUUUUGGAUGUAAACUUUUAUCCCUGAAUUUUAAAAUUUUGAAGCAUUGUGUGAUGCUCGCUUUACUAAACAAUUAAAUUCAGUAAAUGGUUUUUAACACAAAAAGAGACAGAAUCCCUCCGUGAGUUUGGUUUCUUUAAAAGUGUGUUGUUACUCUUUGUCUACUAAGUCUAGGGUUUUGUACACUAGGUAAAUUUUGAAAGU